ACUAAGUAUAAACAGUGACUGUGAAACUUUUUCAAGAACUUUUACAAAUCAAAAAGAAGCAAAGCAAAGUAAAAAAGAAAAAUCGAGAAAAUGCAUUCCGUGGAAGACAUGUUGGUGGAGAAAAACUACAGCAAGUGCCCGCUGAAAAAGCGACCCGUAAACUAUCAAUUCGAAGAUCCUGAACCCCAGGAUCUGUGCGUUAAGAAGCUGGAAAUAACCGAGGAGGAAGAGGAGGAGAUGGACCAUCCCUCCGAGGAGCUCAUCAAUGUGAGCGAUUGCUGUGAGGACGAGGGCGUCGAUGUGGAUCACACGGAUGAGGAAAUGGAACUGGAGGAGGAUGAAGAAGAUGAGGAUGUGGAUGUCGAUGUGGAUACGGAUGCCAAUCAGACACAGGCGGCCGCUCUGGCAGCCGCUGCUGCCGUAGCCGCUGUGGCCAGUGCCGCCUCCGUAUCCGCUUCCGUUCCCGGAUCGGUGAUAAUGCCCACACCCACAUAUCCGAAAUAUCCCUGGAGUUUCCACAUGUCACCUUACACAGCUGAAUUCUAUCGAACGAUUAACCAUCAGGGGCAUCAAAUCUCUCCCCUUCGAGGUGAUCUCAUGGCACCCAGUUCACCCAGCGAUUCUUUGGGUUCCCUGUCACCGCCACCGCAUCAUUAUCUGCAUGGCAGAGCCAGCUCUGUGUCGCCACCCAUGAGAUCUGAGAUCAUCCAUCGACCCAUUGGAGUGCGGCAACAUCAUCAUCAUCAUCAGCAGCAGCAGCAUCAACAUCGCUUCUUGCCAUAUCCUCCCAUGCCCAGUUAUCCUGCUCUGGGUGGCUAUCAUCAUCAUGCUCCUAUUUCACCGGCUUAUUCCGAGAACUCUUACUACUCCAUGCGCUCCAUGACCCCAGAGUCCAGCUGCAGUUCCUCUCUGCCCGAGGAUCUAUCUCUAAAGCACCUGAAGAAAACCCUAAAGAGUAAUCCACAGCAGAAUGAGCUCACGCCCACCAAAACGGGGGAUGUAUCUACAUCAUCAUCAUCAUCCUCGUCAGCAGCUCCUGCAGCCAGUCCUGGCUCCUCCAAGAACAACAAGGAUAAAUCCCAGCCACCACGCUACCAGUGUCCCGAUUGCCAGAAAAGUUACUCCACCUUCUCUGGCCUGACCAAGCAUCAGCAGUUCCAUUGCCCCGCUGCCGAGGGCAAUCAGGUGAAGAAAUCCUUUAGUUGCAAGGAUUGCGACAAGACCUAUGUCUCUCUGGGCGCCCUCAAGAUGCACAUUCGCACCCACACGUUGCCCUGCAAGUGCAAUCUCUGCGGCAAGGCCUUCUCCCGACCAUGGCUCCUCCAGGGACACAUCCGCACCCAUACGGGUGAGAAGCCUUUUAGCUGUCAGCAUUGUCAUCGUGCCUUUGCCGAUCGCUCCAAUCUGCGUGCCCAUCUCCAAACGCAUUCGGACAUUAAGAAGUACUCCUGCACCAGUUGCUCCAAGACCUUCUCCAGGAUGUCGCUGCUCACCAAGCAUUCGGAGGGCGGUUGUCCUGGUGGCAAUGCCAGCGGCAGCGGUGGAUCCUCCAGUGAGAUGUCCUAUGGCGGCUAUGCCGAACCCUAAGCAUCAUCAUCAUCAUCAUCAACUAGAGAGAUCCCAGCCAUGUUCCACCAAAAAUUAGUUCCUAGCUCUCUCUUAGGCAGCUCCAAGUUCCAAAACGACGAAGAAAUGAACAAAAAGUCCCAGUGCAGACACACACAAUUUAUUUCAAAACUGAAUUUCUAUUUUUUAUUUUCUAGUCAGCAUUUUCUCAGAAAAAGAGGAA